AUGGCAAUUGCUUUGGCUGAGGCGGAUAAGUAUGAGAUCCUGGAGAAGAUUGGUUGUGGCUCCUUCGGCAUCAUUCGCAAGGUCAAGCGGAAAUCGGAUGGAUUCAUCCUAUGCCGCAAGGAGAUCAACUACAUCAAAAUGUCUGCGAAGGAGCGCGAACAGCUCACGGCCGAGUUCAACAUCCUAAGCUCCCUCCGACACCCCAACAUCGUUGCCUACUACCACCGCGAACACCUCAAGGCUAGCCAGGAUCUUUAUCUUUACAUGGAAUACUGCGGUGGUGGAGACUUGAGCAUGGUUAUCAAGAACCUCAAGAAGGCCAACAAGUAUGCAGAGGAGGAUUUUGUCUGGCGAUGCCUGUCCCAACUGGUUACGGCUCUGUUCCGCUGCCACUAUGGUUCCGACCCUGCCGAAGUUGGUUCAAAUAUUCUUGGCCCUCCCCCCAAGCCUACUGGACUCAAGGGCAAGCAAGGAUCAGUCACCAUCUUGCACCGCGACCUCAAACCCGAAAAUAUCUUCCUUGGCAGUGACAACAGCGUAAAGCUUGGUGACUUUGGUCUGUCUAAGCAAUUGCAGUCCCACGAUUUUGCUUCCACUUAUGUCGGCACACCUUUCUACAUGUCACCUGAAAUUUGCGCCGCGGAGAAAUACACCCUUCGUUCCGAUAUCUGGGCUGUCGGAUGUAUCAUGUAUGAGCUGUGCGCCAAAGAGCCCCCUUUCAACGCCCGCACCCAUAUCCAACUGGUCCAGAAAAUCCGCGAGGGCAAAUUCGCUCCUCUCCCCGACUUCUACUCUCCCGAACUGAAGAAUGUCAUUGGAAGUUGCCUGCGUGUUAACCCUGACCACCGGCCAGACACUGCUGCGCUGAUUAAUCUUCCCAUUAUUCGUCUGAUGCGCAAGGAGAAGGAGGUGGUUGACCUUGGCCGCACCCUUCGCCGACGUGAGGACGUAGCCGUUCAGCGGGUCCGCGAGAUGGAGCAAAACAUUUCCAAGAUGGAAAAGGAGAAGCAGCAAAUCAAGGCAGAUAUUGAGAGCACCCUUCGGCGCGAGUGGGAGGUUAGGGCUCGGUUGGAGAUUGACAAACAAGUUCAGAUGGAACUUAGCCAGCUUCGCAAACGAUUUGAGACUGAGGUCCAGAGUCGUGUUGCCGUAGAGUUGGAGAAAGAGAAGACCAAGAGAAACAGCAACCCUCGCGAACUCUUCCGCACAAGCACACAGGGAUCAAACUCUUCUCAAUCAUCUUCGUCUCGUACCAGCGGCCGGGGCUCUCGCUCUUCAGGUCACAGCACCGAUGAUAGCGAUGCGCCUUCUUCCGCCGAUAUUACCCAAGCCAUGCCUGAGUCACCAACUUCCAAUGGUCGCAAGAAGCCAAAGAAGGAAGCUCGCACCCCCUUCUGCCGCUCGAAGACUGUCGUGGACUCCCCCCAGGAUGUUCAAAUGGCCGAGCCCUCCCCUAUCUCCAUUGCCUCACUCUCCCUGUCUCCUCGUCGUACAUCCGGCACUGGCACCGGUCGUAACAUUUUCGCUGAGGCCGAGCGUAACAAGGCCAAGUGGGAACCUACACUGGCCUACUCCGACGAUGAAGACGACACACCCGACCUCCCAUCUCCCACCCGACCCAAGGUGAAGCCAGACCCAUUCAAGGCCGCUCCGCGACCUCUCUUGCGCCAAAAUACUGCGGCUCUCAUGCAAAAGCUUAGCACUCAACCACCCCUCUUCCCAUCCAAUGGCUCUCGUCUCCCCCAAAUGUCAGGUGGACCCUCCUCUUCGGUGUCUGAAAGCCGCAACCUGAGUGACAGCCGCUCCCGCUCAAAGUCGCCUCACCGUCGCCUGUCCAAGAUUCCUUCGUCUGCCAACCUUGCCGCUGAUGCUGGCUCUCCUACCCGCAAGAACAGCACCAAGCAAAGCCCCACCAAGCCCAGUGGUGGCGACGAAAUGUUCAAGGCUGUCAUGCAACGCAACAUGGGUGGUCGUACCCUAGUUGAACUUGCCCAGGCUCGCGCUGGUGGUCGUCCCAUGGACGAAGUCAAGCGAUGCGCUAGCGAUUCGCGCGCUACUACCAUGUCCUUGCAAUCUUCCUCGCGUGACCCCCCUGCCACCUGGGACCCGGAGCGUGACGAGAUGCCUAGUCCCUUCUUGGCGCGUGGAAAGAAGAUCAUCCGCAACCUGCGGUAG